AUGAGGCCUUCGAGUACUGGCUCAACAUAUCCUGCUACUUCUGUAGCUACAGAGAGGUUCAUCCACGAUGUACUACGUCCAAGCAGCUACUCGUCACAUCAAGUGAUUGACUUGACACUAGACGACGACGAGGAUGAUGAAGAGAAGCCAAUUGACAGUCAAAUCGCUCAAGAAUCAGUCACGACUGAGUCCGCAACAAGUUCUGAUUCUGAUGCAUUUAAAUUAAGUGGAUUACAUGAAAUGGACAAUAAGGUUACAGACGAGACAACAUUUGAGAGAAUAAUGCCAUUAAUAGAAGAUGUCGAGUCGGAUGUGGACGAAGAAUGGCCACAUGUGGCUACUAAUGAGCCUUUUGUGGUAAAUAAUCAAGUCUCUUAUAGGCAGACACAAGAGGACGUACAAGUGACGUUGAAUGCUAUUGCUAAGACAAUUCCACUGUCUUUUAAUGACAAACAAACAAGUUUUUCUAACGAAAAUGAGGAGGAGAAAGUGACGAGACACGAGACAUUGACGUUGUCUCUAAAUAAUGACAGAGACAAUGCAAUGGAGGUUGAGGAAGAUGAAAAAGUACCAAAGCAAGUAGUAAAAGCUAAUGAGUGUUCAGUUACUACAACAGAUCAAGUUGUUUCAAUGGAAAGUUUGGAAGAUGGAGAGAUUUUUGAAGAAGGGGUGAGUCUGAAGCCGAUGAUGCAGAUGAAUACAGUAAAGCACCAAAAAGCUGGAAAUGGAAGUAGCCAUUUGGUGGACGCAAUGAAUAUUCGUCCGCAUUUGCGAAGCAAAAAGCAGAAAAAACGUGGUAAGAAAAAGACCAAACGAAAAUUAGAGGCCAUGCAGAUGAUGCAUGCGUCACCUAGUCAAAUGUAUCCCGUAUAUGAGCGGACGAUACGUCAGCGACCACUUGCAGAUGCGCCACCACCUGGGCAUUGUACGCUUGCAAUGAUGAGGGGUGAACCAAGAGGCAAACCAAUAAAUGCGCGUCCUGUCUUUCAAGAUGCAUCUCCAGCUCUUUUCCACGCUGGUGAUCUCCGUGUUGGCGUCCCACAUCCGCCAAAUAGGCCUACACCACAGCAACGGUCAGCUUAUCCACUACCACCACAGCAACGACCAUCUCGUCCUCAUAUACCACAGCAACGACCAGAUCGUCCACUACCACCACAGCAACGACCGGCUCGUCCACUACCACCACAGCAACGACCGGCUCGUCCACUACCACCACAGCAGCGACCGGCUCGUCCAUUACCACCACCGUACGAAGACAGUCAGAUUUUGCGCGUAAAUCGUCAAGGUAGUAUGGAGAUGAUCAACGGUGAGGCAAAGUUGUCUUCUCGUCCGAUAAUCUCGGAGCCACUGCACGGUGGAUUUAAGUACCGACCGGUAUCGAUGUUUCCACCUCCACCCGUGUCAAAUGGACCAGAUAUUCCAUUACAACGCUCCGCAUGUGAUUCAUCCCGGCUUCCUCCUGUGCUUAAAUCAGGUGGGGGCAAUAUUAAAAACUCCGUUGCUAGCACGGGGCGUGGUGAAUCCGGGGACGUUGAUCUAGACAGUCUUCGAGCGGCUGCGCUCCGCACCAAGAUGAAGCGCUCCCUGCAGCAAAUGGAGCGAACAACUGAAACAGUAUCUGUUGUGCAGUCUACUCCGUCAACCUUGGGAUCUUCUUCAAAACCAGCACACUGCGAGGGGAAGCAGGUAAAGGCUACGAGCCCUGAGAUCGAUAAGUUGCGCUUUGAUAUUCUACGAUCUAUGACGAAAAAUCGGAACCGAACUACUAGCACCAAGGCACUAAACGCCUCAUCGCCAAUACUACAAGUUACAGAACCGAACGCAAUCGAAAAACCUAAUGAGAGCGGGAUAAAUAAAACCACCAAGAGCAAUACUUUAGCUGCUCAAGGAGAUCCAAGUGCGUCAAAGGAUCCGUCAGAGUAUACGCUGACACAUAUGUCGGCUAGAGCUAAUGGUAUUGGAAGCAGUGGACCUUCAAGCGAGACGGAUAAAUCAACAACUACGUCUGUUUCAGAUCAAGUUGUUUCUAAGACAGCAUCUCAGCUGGCUAUGUUUGCAGAAAAAGCAAAGCCUUCAGCGCAAUCUGCCGCGUCAACGCCAGAGUUUCGGCCUUUGACAGCGAGCUCUCAAUCUCUAGUAAUCCAGCUCGGCCCCGAUGACUUUUUGCCGCGGAAAAGUAAAGACGAUGCAGCAAUGUCCAGCGGUUUGCAAGAUGCAAUCAAGGAAAUGAGACGAAAGAUUGCUGAACGUGAAAAGGAGCAGACAAAUCGUUUAUUGGCGAGUGGUGCAACUGGACUGUCAAAGCCUUUACCAAGUCCAGCUUUGUCGUCACCAUCUUCACAAAGUAACGUGAGUAGUGUAGUUACUCAGUUGCUAAGUGCCACAGUCGCGGUUCCUGGUGUAAAUUCACCUGGUACGAAUAGCGUAAAAGAUUCGUCGGCUGGAAUAAACGUGGACAGACUUCUCUGUGCGCAAACUGAAGCAAAUCAAGCGACAAAGAAGGUGAUGAAGGAGGUAUUACACUCGCCAUCUGAAACGUUUUCGUCGUUGGAUAUAGCGAAAUCAGCAGCGGGUCGAGCAUCCCCUUUGAAACCAGCGUUGGAGCCACAAGAACGAAGUGAUAUUUCUAGGGUCAGUACAAUCGUCGAUACGUACGUUUUGCCUCCAGUCUUGCAGCACCAGUUGCAGACGAGAAGUGGUGUGCGAAACGGAGAUCCGGCGAGAGAGCUUUGCGUAAAGAAAUCUAUCGAGCCUGUUUCGGUGGUGUAA